AUGUUUUGGGUUAUCUUGGGUUAUUUUGGGUUAUUUUGGCCCGGCCCCGCCCCCCCCGCCCCCCCCCGUGUCCCUGUACCUGUUCCCGGGGGAGGGGGGGGGCUCUGCCCGGGGGGGCGGCGCCUCCAGCGACCCCGCCCCCGAGCUCGGCCCCGCCCCCGCGCUCGGCCCCGCCCCCGCGCUCGGCCCCGCCCCCGAGCCUGGCCCCGCCCCCGAGGCCGACCCCGAGGGGUUCUGCGUGCUGGAGGCGCCCGAGAGCCCCGAGCCCGUGACGCCCCGUAUCCGCUGGCUGUCCCCCGGGCCCCUCCGGGUCAUCCCCGGCCAUUUUGGGGUCCCGCGGGGGGGGCGGGACCGGCUGCGCCCCCCCCCGGGGCUGCCCCGCCCCCGCUCCCGCCUGGUGCUGCGCGACCUGAGCCUCACCUGGGCCCUGCACGGGGGGCGGGACUUCGGCGGCGGCCACGCCCCCCACAGGCCCCGCCCCCGCAGCUCAGGCCCCGCCCCCCCGCGGUGGCGCUGCCGGGGGGGCCCCGGGAGGGUCCAGGAGCAGCUGAUGGAGCUUUACCUGGGCAAGGUGUGCCUGCAGCACGAGUGGUACCCCGCCAUGCCGGGGCGGAUUUUGGGGGGCCCCGGGGGGGGCUGCUGGGCCCGGGCGAGACCCCCACGUCCCGCCUGGUGCUGUUGGUGCCGGAGCUGGAGCUGCGCGACCGCCUGGGGGGGGCGGGGGCCGCCGGGGCGCCCCCGUUCCUGAGCCGGCACCCGCGGGGGGCGCCGCCCCCACAGCCCCCCACGCUGUGGCUCAAGGCCCUGCGGGUGCUGCCCCACCCGCCCCCCCCCGGGGGGGUCCCCGAGUGCUGCCUCAGGGUGACCCUGACCCCCCUGCGCCUGCACAUCGACCAGGACGCGCUGAUUUUCCUCAGGGAUUUCGCCGGCGCCUUCCUCGCCCACCUGAGCCCCCCCCCGGGACCCCCCCCGGGCCCCCCGCCCGCCCCCCCCGGGGUCGGGGACCCCCCCAGGCCGGAGCCGCCCCCGGAGCCCGAGGCAGAGCCAGAGACCCCCCCGAUCUACUUCCGCGAGUUCCGGUUCACGGCCGAUGUCCCCGUGUGGCUGGAUUACCGCGGCAAGCGCGUCACCAUGGAGCAGGGCGCCCUGGCCGGGAUCCUGAUCGGGCUGGCGCGGCUCAACUGCUCCCAACUGCGCCUGAAACGGCUCUGCCACCGCCAGGGGCUGCUGGGGCUCAGCCGGGUCGUGUCCUACGCGGUGACCGAGUGGCUCCGGGACAUUCGGUGUCACCAACUGCCGGGGCUGCUGGGGGGGGUGGCCCCGGUGCACGCCGUGCUGCGCCUCUGGCGCGCUCUCCGGGACCUGCUGCUGCUGCCGCUGCAGGGGGGGGGUCCCGGGGGGGUGACCCGGGGGGUGACCCGGGGGGUGACGGCGCUCGGGGCCGCGGGGGCGAGCGCGGCGCUGGGGCUGGGGGCGAGGCUGCUCCGGGCGCUGCAGGCCCUGGCCGAGGCUCUGUUCGGACUCGUGGCCCCCCCGGGCCCCCCCCACCCGCGGCUCCCAGUACGGACCAGUUCACACCAGUACGGGCCGCGCCCCCCCGGCUCGAGGAGCGGCCCCGCCCCCACCGAGGGACUGGGGGGGCCCCGGCCCCGCCCCCAAUAAACUGGGACAGACUGGGACAGAC